UUGGCCGGGGCCGAGGCGGUGGGCGUCCCGGGGGCACCAGAGAGGCCCCGGAGGGCCUCCAGGUCUCGCGUUCAUUCAUUCGUUUAGUGUCUCCUCAGCGUUAGGCUCUGGAAACCAGGUUAUGAAUUAGACAGACUCUGUCAUGAAGCCUACGGUCGGAUAGGAGCUUGCAUGCACGUGUGCAGACGUUCAUGCAAAGGGGACUGGACUCGGAAACCAAGAAACAACUAGAAGAGGAAGAAAAGAAAAUCAUUAGUGACGAGCACUGGUACUUGGAUUUGCCAGAGCUUAAAGAGAAAGAGAGUUUCAUAAUAGAAGAGCAAAGUUUCUCGUUAUGUGAAGAUCUUCUCUAUGGAAGAAUGUCAUUCAGGGGAUUUAAUCCUGAAGUGGAGAAAUUAAUGCUUCUGAUGAAUGCUAAGAACAAAGCAGAAGAAGCUGAAGAUGAAACAGUGGAGCUUGAUGUGUCAGAUGAAGAAAUGGCUAGAAGAUAUGAAACCUUGGUGGGGACAAUCGGAAAAAAAUAUGCCAGGAAGAGAGACCGUGCUAAUUAUGAAGAAGAUGAAAAUGGAGACAUAAAACAGAUUAAAACAAAGAAGAUGUUCUUAAAGCCCCAAGACUAGAGUGAUGCCUCUAGAUGAGGCUCAGGGAUGCCUUGUGAUAGUUAGCAGCAUUUCUGGAAUUCAUCCUGAUGGUGUCUCUGUAGUUAUCAGUACUAUAAUGUUUAUUUGUAAAGAAAUGUAUAAUUUUGGAAACAUGCUGUUUUUGAAACAGACGUGUGAUGGAUGUUAUACAUCCUUUGUUUAACAGUGUUUAUCAAAGUGGCUUUUUACCCCUUGAUGUUCAAAUAUACAUAGGUACAGGGUUGCUUCCUAAAGAUUUUUUGACUCAGAUUUUUUUUAAUACAGCUCUCCAGUCACUGACCUUGAAUUGACUUAUAUAAAUUAAUAGCAAUGUUUAA